CUGUGAAGUAUCCUGUUUCUGCUAGACCUGACCUUAUCCAAAACUACUUUGACAUUCUCGGAGUUUCAAACAGUCCCGAUUAGACACGCUUCCUUUGCUCUGAAGUGUAUUUCGAAGCCGUUCAGUGGACUACAAUGGCGACGGUGGCGGCAUCCGCGGCGAUGGUCGCAGCAGCGGGGAAAUGGUUCCCCGUAUUGAAUUCCGGAUCUUCUGUUAAAUUAUUCGUAUCCCUUCCCUGUCCUUCUGCUUCUCUUACGAGCUCUUCUUCUGCGCUCCCAUGGCAAAUUAUUGCGUCAGGUGACCGAACGCAGAACCGCUUCUUUGCCCUCCGGCCAUGCUCCGCGGUGCAAGAUACCGAGUUAGAGGAGAAGGAAGGGAUGGAGGAGAUGCAAGACGGGGAAGCUGGGGAAUCAAUCUUGCAGGAGGAGGCGAAUCUGAGAAAGCUUUACGUGGUGAACUUGCCGUUUAGCUACUCGGCUUCGGAUCUUGAGAAUCUCUUUGGUCAGUAUGGCACUGUCAAUUAUGUGGAGAUAAUUAAGCUGCAAGAUGGGAGGAACAGGGGGUUUGCCUUUGUCACCAUGGGUUCACCGGAGGAGGCACAGGCUGCCAUUGAGAAAUUGAAUUUUUUUGAGUUGGCAGGAAGGAUUAUUAAAGUUCAACUAGCAAAGAGUUUCAACAAACCCUCACCUAAAAAACCUCGACCAAGUACUGCUGUGGGAGAAACAAGGCACAAGAUCUAUGUAGGAAAUCUUCAUUGGAAAGCAAGAGCUGGCAAUCUUAGAGAAUUCUUUUCUGCCAAAUUUAAGCCAGUUUCUGCUAGAGUUGUUUUUGAUAACCCAUCAGGGAGGUCGGCUGGGUAUGGAUUUGUUUCUUUUGACACGAAGGAAGAGGUGGAGAGUGCUGUUUCUGAAUUGGAUGGGGUGGAGUUAAUGGGAAGACCUCUUAGAUUGAAAAUAGGUCAAAAGAAGGGCAAUGAAUCUGAAGUCAAACAAGAAGAUUCAACUCAAGGGCAUCUAGAAGGAUCAUAAAACCUUGAUUUUGGCAACACUAGAGCAUUUCCUGGCAAAAGGUUAGUUUUGUGGAGAUGAAGGGUUCGUUUUGGACAGCUUUUUUACUGCUUAUUAAAGCAUCUUUCUAGUAUAAAUUUUUUAAUUUUUAUACUAAAAAACUGCUU